GCUGGACGGAGGGAGGGAGUGGACGCUUGCAGGAAAUCUGACUCGCCAGCUUCGCCAGCGACGUUUUCAGGAGAGGGUGGUUACCGAAACUAAUCAGCAGGGCCGUCCAGCACCUGAGCCAUCAAUCGGCUUUAUGAGUAGAGGCGAUAAAUCACCGGGCUGCCGUUAACCUUCGAAAGAAACGCGGACACCGUCAGCGGUUAUUUGACUUAUUUAUCGGCGACAACAUGGCUGAAUGUAGCAUUAGCAUCGACAAGAAUAAACUACCGGGAGUGAAGGAGGUAUGCCGAGACUUUGCUGUGCUCGAGGACCACAGCCUGGCCUACAACCUCCAAGAACAAGAAAUUGAGAGCCACUUGGCUUCCAACGUCCAUAAGAGCCGCCUGGUGCAGCAGGACCUGCAGUGGGCCAAGAAGCUGCAAAUGGAAGAGGACGAGAUUGCCAAGAUCCAGAGCCAGAAACAACAAAAUGCCAUUGCGCGGCAAGACAAUGAGAUCGCACAGGAGAUUCAGGAAGAACUGGUCCGACAAGAAGAGCUGCAGCGGCUGCAGGAGGAGAAGGAUGCA